AUUCAUAAGUUAUGAAUUACGUCAUGAACUUAUUCACACGUGCACAGGCCAUUUCAUUUGGCUGUUUGUAGUUGAAUUAUUACUUAUAUCAACGAUAAAUCGUGAUUGACAUUCUUUAUCAGAAGUUGGAACGGUCUGUCUAAGGUCAAGAUGCCUAAAGUAAGAGUGGAGAAGAAAUCACGCGUUCAUGAUCAAGUGUACAAGCAAGGAAUCCUGUUCAAUACUGGGAUAGGACAGCACAUCCUCAAGAACCCUCUUGUCAUUGAAAGCAUCAUCAGCAAGGCUGCCUUGAGAAGCACCGACACAGUCCUAGAAGUUGGACCUGGUACUGGAAACAUGACUGUUAAGAUGCUGGAUAAAGCCAAGAAGGUAGUUGCUUGUGAGCUGGAUCCUCGUCUUGUUGCUGAGUUACAGAAGAGGGUGCAAGGAACACCGUUUGCUCCCAAGUUGCAGGUGAUAGUUGGUGACGUCCUGAAGACUGAUCUGCCUUUCUUUGACGUGUGUGUUGCCAAUUUGCCGUACCAGAUCUCGUCUCCAUUCGUCUUCAAGCUUCUGCUUCACAGACCGUUCUUCAGGUGUGCAGUGCUGAUGUUCCAGCAGGAGUUUGCACAGAGGUUAGUUGCCAAGCCUGGGGACAAGCUCUACUGCAGGUUGUCCAUCAACACACAGCUACUGGCCAGAGUAGACCAUCUUAUGAAGGUUGGUAAGAAUAACUUCAAACCUCCUCCCAAAGUUGAGUCUAGCGUUGUAAGGAUAGAACCGAGAAAUCCACCCCCUCCAAUAAACUUUCAGGAAUGGGAUGGCCUAGUUCGCAUUGCAUUCGUGAGAAAAAACAAAACCCUUUCCGCUGCCUUUAGAAACAAAGGAGUUGUUGAGAUGCUUGAAAAGAACUACAGGGUGCACUGCUCAGUUAAGAACAUUGCCAUACCAGACAAUCUAGACAUGAAGGAAAAAGUGGUCUCAGUUUUAGAAAAGAUUGAAUUUGAAGGAAAGAGGGCCAGAACGAUGGAUAUUGAUGAUUUUCUAAAGUUAUUAUCCAGCUUCAAUACAGAAGGAAUCCAUUUUUCAUGAUAACAACUCAAAGAGUAGAACUUUCGAAGACUGGAUGUCUGAUGAACUCUUGGACUCUUGAUGAUACAUGCUAUGCAUUGUAUCUGCUUCAUGGAAACUGAACAAAUAAUGGUCGGAAAAACAUUAACAGCAAUACAAUCCGAGCUACAAAUGUCGUCUUUUAGACGGUCACACAGAGAGACAAAGAUUGGUUGGAGUAACAUGGAAAGAAGAACUGCAGCCUGUGGCUACAAAACAUCAUGUGACUCGGUGCAGACCAUUUUUCUGUACAGCAUCAAUUGACUCAGCAGUGGCGAUGUUAGAUUUCGGAAAGGUCAUGCAUUGAAUAGACAGGUUUACUAAAAUAUUCAAAUUUUAUGCAUACUUUUUAAAUAAAGGUUGUUCUGGACAACCUGAAAGCUUGCCUGACAUAGCAACAAGUAAUGUACCGGUAUGCAGACUGGAUUCCAAGUAUUGUAGUUCAUUCAUGAAUAAUAGGUUAAUGGAAUAACUCGUCACUAGGUCCCCACGAAAGAAACAUCCAUACAUAUGAAUAUGUUAAUAAACAAGUCUAUUGAUGCUACUUUUGGACAUGUUAUUUUAACCUCAGGGCUGAUAUAGGAGCUAUUAAUCCCAAUGUGAUUAAAGUUUGUUCAUUUCAACAUUACUUUAGAUUUCUAUCCAUUCAUGCCUCUCCUGAGAGUGUCACUUUAACAGAUUUUUGUUUGUUUUCAUUGAUUUUUGUUAUUUCUAUAUAUGUAUCAGAAUGUUUAUAGAACAGAUAAUUCAAAUUGGAAAUAAUACAACCUAACCUUACCCUCGCCCAAGACGCAAUCUAGAGCAAACCAACAGGCUCUGUUUUAAGGAUUUAAAAAGAAAAUCUUGUCAAGUGUCGUAACUAGUAACGUGCUGUUCAACCCCCCCCUUCCCAUCAAAUGUUUUCUUGUUUAAACUCGCUGCAUGAAGGAUAGUUUGUGUAAUUCGGAUUAACCUUGUACCUUGUGUAUUGGAACUGCGACAGAUCGUUACAUAGGUGUGUUACACGUUUGUUUCAUAAGACAUUAUAUUGCAUCAUUUAAUAAAUUAUUAAAGAUAUCAAGUUUCAGAGAAGUGCCCAAGUGUGGUUUAUUUACACCACCAUUAGACCAGUUUUCUAGCUGAGACUUGUAUACCAGCUUUGUAAUUAUUUUUUUAUUAAUAAUAUUAGUAUCGGUACAUGCAUGAUUAUAUUUUAAUCCUAUGAUUAUGCCAUGCUAUUCUAAAUCAAUAUGGUUAUUUGGAAGAAUCAACACCAUUUAACAAUUUGUUCUAAAUUCUGUACUACAGUAUGUGCCUGUAUCAUAUUUUGUGAGCCAUGAAAAUGAUAACUAUAUAAAUAUAUAUUAACUAAUUUAUUGGUUAUUGUCCUUCUGGCUCUGAACAGAUAACGUGAAAAAGGAUACAAAAAAGAAAUAUAUGCUCACAAUUGAUUUCCGUCCAUCAUAUUUUAUUCCAGAUUUGUAUAUAUAUAAUUAUAUAGCUACAAGUCAACGUGGCAAAACUUCCUUUUUCAUAUUUACAAAAGUACAUGUAAAAAUAAUUUAUACAAUGACGUUUUUUUUCUCCACUUUACUGCAGCUCAAAUCGCAUCACAACUUUUUCGGGGGUAACCUGGUUUCUCUUCUCGAACAUAAAACGACUGUCUAUCAAACAAAAUUUGAAAUAAUUUAAAUGUCAAACACAUAUUUACACGAUUCUUCAUUCAAGCAACUUAGAAAUUAUAUAGUAGGAAGAUGACUUGGAAAGAAAAAAUAACACUGGGAACAACAAGGCUGUUGUCACAAUUUCUCUGUACAGAUAAUUCCAAUCUAUCUUCAUUAAAACUGCAUUUGAUUUGUUAAGAUCUUUUUUCAUUUCAGGUAUUGAGUUAGUCAAUUUCAUGGGGGCAAAAGUUUGGGAGGCGGGUAUAUAUAUAAUGUGCCAAGGAUAUGGAUUGAGCGGAAAAUACAGAGUUUGGCCAUUAUGUACAUGUAUUGAAGCUUCCAUUUAUCAUUGUACUACAAGUAUGUACAGUCAAACCUGGUUUAGUGACAACCUGUUUACAAAGAGUACAUUUCUUGUUUUCCUUGAAAACGGUUUCUCAUUGAAACAUGUAUUAAAAGAACCUGUCCACAAAGACCACCUGUCUACAAAGACUGCUUUUCUUGUCUCUUUUGGGUGGUCUUUAUUGACAGUGGUUAUACUUGUGGCAGUAAUCUACAGGUAUUAACGCUGUAAGACAGACUAGAGCCUUUCUAAAAAGAUAUGGUAGAUAUAAAUUGACCAAAUAUAGACUUUACAAGCGAGUGCUCAUUGGGCUCUAAUUAAUUGUCAUCACAGGUUUUACCAAAAGAAUGAAUGGAUAUCUCAAUAUCUACAAAGUUCUACGACGUAACAUUGAAAGUAAAGAAACUCUGAAAUUGUUGCAGAAUAGUUUUUGUACAACUUGCAAUGAAUUUAACAAUUAAACUCUUGUAACAAUCACAUGUAAAAAUAAAAUUGCUAAAUUCUAAUUUUCAAAA